AUGCCGUAUCUUGAGCAAGACUUGAACGACGCCAGAGGGUGGGAGCCGGAGGUAGGGAGCGAAGAGGAGGUUGCGUUUCUGGCGGCUGUUAUGAUGAAGGAGACAGAAGGAAUCGACAUGAAAGGCUUGGAUCUUGGAGUGCGAUCGCACAUUCUUCUUGGAGUGAUGUGCUCUGCUUUUGAUGUCGACAAGGGACAGCAGGUGGAAGAGGUUGAGCGUCGGCUUGAUGGACAGUCUGACGUUGAAGAGAAUAGGGGUGAGUUGCUGCGUCAGAUUCUGAAGUCUGUGGUCAGCUGCAAGCAGCUCCGGGGGAUGGGUGAAAUACAAGAUGUCUACUUAGGAUCUGAACAUGCCAUAAUCCAUCACACCGCGCUUCGAAAACUUGAAAGGAGGCUCGAGAACACACAGAAAUGUGAGAACAUUCAGGCUCUCAAUGAAAUAGAAACCCACACAAAGGCCAGUCGAAGGGCUGGCAAUGCUGAGAAUAACAGCUUGCGCGCACUAGAGGAGACUAUCAAACUGACUGGUAUCUUCAAGUUGAGAUCCAUCAGUUCACUUGUCAUUGAGGCUUCCGCCGGCUCUUCGUCAUACGCACACCGUAGGAAGAGGUCCACAGGAUGUAUUGGGGGCAAGAACUUCGGGAGGCUGCAAAAACAUCAAGCCCGCGGUUUAUUCAGAGAAGAUUUUUCGUUAUUUCCUUUCAUCGGAGCAUAA